AUGUCUCCCACGGAGGAGGGUGACUCUAAGAAGCGCAAGAGAGCACGCAAAGAAAAGGCACCCAAGGAUCCAAACGCGCCCAAGCGACCACCGAGCGCUUACCUCCUCUACCAAAACGCCAUCCGAAAGGAGAUCAAGGACAAGAAUCCCACCAUGACGUACGCUGAAGUUCUCGGCGAGAUCUCCAAGAUGUGGUCGGGUCUCAGUGCCGAAGAGAAAAAGCCAUACCUGGACGCCACUGAGAUUGCAAAGGGCGAAUACGAAAAGUCCAAGGCGGCCUACGAGGCGGAUCAUACCGCCCUCAAAUCCCCUCCGGUGGUGGCUGCUGAGGCUACUCCCGCCGACGCGCCCGCGGAUUCAAGCUCUGAAGAUGAAUCCGAUGUACCUCCUCCUCCAAAACCCUCGGUGGUCACUCCUCUCUCCAAGCCAGCUAAAGCCGACACGAGCAUCGACAAGAAAAAGGGCAAGCCAUCGCUCGGUGGCAAGGCCGUCGCCGUCCCUCCUCCUCCUCCGGCUAAAGUAGCAACGUCGGAUGAGGAUGAUACGGAUACGAGCGGUAGUGAUAGCGAAUCUAGCGAGGAGGCACCUCCGCCGCCUAAGAAAAAGGCCAAGAAGGAGACACCCCCGCCUGUCUCGACGACCAAGAAGGACAGGAAGAAGAAGUAA